CCCGGUCCGGAGGUCUGUGGAGCUCUCAAUGUCACCGUGUCCCCAGGGCCUGUGGUUGACUAUUUGGAGGGGGACAAUGCCACUCUCCUGUGCCAUGUGUCCCAGAAGAGGCGCAAGGACAGCCUGCUGGCCGUGCGCUGGUUUUUCUCAGGCAACGACAGCCCAGAGGCCUUGAUGGUGAAGAUGACCAAGCUCCGGGCCGUACAAUACUAUGGGAACUUCAGCCGCAGUGCGCACCGCCGGAGGCUGCUGCUGCUAGAAGAGCAGCGUGGGACGCUGUACAGGCUCUCAGUAUUGACACUGCAGCUGGCCGACCAGGGCCAGUAUGUCUGCCGAGUGCAGGAGAUCAGCAAGCACCGGAACAAGUGGACAGCCUGGUCCAAUGGCUCCUCGGCCACUGAGAUGAGAGUGACUUCCCUCAAAGCUUCAGAAGAUUCGCCUUUCGAGAAGAAAAAAGAGACCUGGGCAUUUUUUGAAGAUCUCUACAUGUACGCCGUCCUUGUGUGCUGUGUGGGCAUCCUCAGUGUCCUGCUGUUCACCCUGGUCAUCAUCUGCCAGUCUGUGUUCCACAAGAGGAAGUCCAGAGUGAGACAUUAUUUGGUGAAAUGCCCACAGAACAGCUCUGGGGAGACUGUCACUAGCAUAACCAGCUUGGCACCCCUGCAGCCGAAGAAGGGCAAGAGGCAGAAGGAGAAGGUGGACGUGCCGCCUGCGGUCCCAGCCAAAGCUCCCGUCGUUGCCACCUCCUUCCACAGGCCAAAGCUGCUGAAGCCACAGAGGAAGGGUGCUCUGCCAAAGAUCGCCGAGGAGAACUUGACCUACGCAGAACUGGAGCUGACCAAACCCCCCCGGGCUUCCCAGGGCGCCCCACCCAGCACCGUCUAUGCUCAGAUCCUCUUCGAGGAGAACAAGCUAUAGUCCCCAGGUCCCGUGUCCCCGCUGCCCAGUUAUUUAUAAAGCCUUGGGGAGGAAGCCCCUCCUGCGGUUCUCUCCGUUGAGACUUUGUGUGUCCAGUGGCACUCCUGGUGCCUCCACAUCCUGGUGCCUCCAUGUCAGAGUCAGGCUGCCCUCCUCAAGAACAGGUGGCCCUGGGCCAGAGCCCUGGGCUGAGGAGUCUGCCUGAUUGUACCUGGGAACGCUGUCAGCUGAGCCAACCCCAUCACACCUCUUUCCCCUCUCCUGGAUUUUAAUUUGUUAAAAUCUUUUUCUAAAUCUUAAUUUUAACCUUCCACACUGCUGAUAUCCUUGAUACAAGCUAUAGGAAAUGCCAUUGUAAGCCACAGCAUGAGACGGUAGAUACACAGUAAUUGGCUUUCAUAGACCCACAUGGCAUUAUCAGAGCACCCUGGGCUCAGCAAGCCGCAGAUGGCAGCAGCCACUUCGAUGGCAUCCAUUGUUUUAAAUAGAUAAUCCUAGUGACAUAAGCUCAGAGGGACCAUGGGAGAAUCUGAGGUUUCCGAGAACUCUGUACCUGCCAGCCCACCACGGUCAAGAGGCCACAGGCCAAGCACAUCCUUCCAAAGGGCUCACCAGGGAGUUUACCACCAAUGGACAGUAGAGCAGGUGGCCUUGCCUAAGUGUGCCAUGCUCUGUCUACUCACCUGCCGUCCCUGCUAUGGGAAAACGAAGCCUUCCUCCAGGUUCCCUUGGGGCAGGAGAAAAGGACACACACAGUACCCUGGAAACUGUGUCUUGAAGGCCCUGCUCUUUGCCAAGUGCCUUGUCUACCUCCGCCUCAUCUGUGAACUCAAACGGGGUUGGGUGUUGCGGGGCUGCAGGGCCUUGCCCUGUGUACAGGAGCCGGGAACUCAUUGAGCUCUGUCUCUUCUGCACAUGGUGCUAGCCCCAUGCUGUUCUGUCUGUGAGUUUCUCUGAGUGGCCAUGUCUUGCACACACAUUAUAUAUGGAAAUGGUUUGUCUAUGUAGUACACUGUAUAUAUGUGAUAAAUUAUCUAUUUUAAACACAGCCAGGGUGUGGGUUGUGACCCUCUAUAUCACAGUGUGACUUUGGUUUUCUUAUCCCCUGAGAGCCGUGGGUUCUUUAUACCUGGGUGAGUACAGAGGUGACUUAAUUUCUCCUAGAAUGCUUGCGGGCAUAAAUAAGAUACUGAGUGAGUACAGCCAGAUUCUGGAGACUGAAUCCUUUCCCCAAGGAUGGCUGUUGAUGUUCAUGUUAAAGACAAUCUUCAUUUCCACAGUGAAAAUUUCUAAGACUCAGAACCAUAGCUUUAACCACUUACCAGUCUCAUUAUUUAAAUACACGAUGACCAAAAUUUGCAUAUGUUUUGCUAAUUUUUAUAAUAUAACAGGAAAUAUAAAAAUGACAAUCAAAUUUAUUCAUCACAAGAAUUGACUGGUUGAAAUGACACCCACCUGAAUGAUGCUCAGGGUAAACUGUUAACUUGUUAAAAAUGAUUUCUACACUAAUGCUCCCAAAGACUCGUGAUCCUGUGCCUGCUGCUUGUGAUUUAAGGAAAAGGGUCCAAAUGAAAGUGGAUACUGGUUUCCUGGAAGUAAAAAUGACCCACCUUGACAAAGUGGAAGUCCUCCCUGCCGGCUGACAUGUGUCUCCUUACCUCUACAGAUCUGAAAGACCAUGAACACAUCAUUAGCUUUGAGGAAGACCAUCUGGGAGAACACUCUAGAACUUCUCAGCAUCUUUGGGAGGGGAAGGUAUAUGGUUAGCAUGCCAUUCAUGUGGUAACUACCAUCGGAGAUGUUUUAUUUUGUCAUGGCAGUGUUCCAACAGAUGGAAAGGGUGAUUUCCUAGUUUACACAGCUGUAUGGAUAGGUGGGGCCGCCAGGUGCCAAGGGCAUAGGAGAUGAUGGGGAAAUGGUAGCAGUGUGGGGGACAAUAUCUUCUCAGGCCCCAGGUGCCCAAAUCAACCCUUUUAAAUGCAGUCAGAGUUUAGGGUCAUCACAUAAUGGAAGCGAACACAUUUCAACCAAGUACUGCCCAGAGUGGCAGCAAUGGACUGUGCCUACUCACUUAAGGUGACAGACGUUGACAUUCUUGCCUUUGUAGGCUAAAAAUAUGUCUACUCAUUCAUUGUCUAUCAAACAGACCACAAUCAUACAAUACCAUUGCUAGAUAAGAGGGAACAUGUUAUUUAAUUAGAAGGUAGCAAACUUUCUUCAGUGUGUUCUCACUAUAAAGCAUUAUUGGGAGCAGAAACAGGUGAGUCAUUUUCAAAAUAAUUGCUCGUAUGCUUAAAUUAGAGAAAAUGGGGGCCCCUUGCUCCUUGCAGGCAGAAAGCAGACACUCUAAGAGCUGGUGGGAGUGAGUUUCUGCCUAGGCCAUGGUGGUCAGGAAGCCAGGAGGGGAAAUAUAUCAGCUAGGCUGAGUCCUGGUGGAGGAGAGGGCUGGGGUCCCUUUCAGUCACCUCUUCCCUGCAUCACUAUGAUCCUGUCAGCACACAGAGACAAGAAGAGAAAGCCUCACCUGCUGCCUCCUGAUUCUUGCUGGUGUGAAAAAGGUACCCAGAACUUCACAAUUUGCAAGGUGUAAUUCUGUGGACUGCCUACUCCUUGACAAACCCAGACUCAUUUGUAGGGGCGAUUCCUGAUCUUGCCAAGCACUCUGACAUAGGUGGUGAUCAUCACUUCACAGAGGUCCAGGCAUGCAUGUGACUCAUCUGGAUGGAUCAGCAUCCAUGGGAGAAAGAAGCCAUCUUCGCUGGGCAGCACAGCUGUCACUGGGACCUUUGUAAAGCACAGAUCUUGGUUCAGGAGGUCUGGAGUGGGAGCUGGGUUCUGAGUUUCUAAUGGUCUCCCAGGAAAUCUCCAUUCUUCCAACCACACUUUAAGAAGCAAGAAUAUAAAAAGAUAGUAGGAGAUAGUGGGAGGGGCCCAGAGGUCACCAUGGGGAUAAGGUGUCCUCAGUUAUGUACUAAAGCUGGAGCCCUCCCAGGGAGGGUUGCCCUGCAAGGAUGCAAGGAUGGAAGGGGCACUGUGAUGAUCCCAUGUGGCUCUUGCUGGAGGCCCAGGAUGGGUGCAGGCAUUACCGUGAGGGUGUCCUGCACCUUCUGUUGUCACUGGUAAAAGAUGACCAGGUGCCUGCUUCCUCAGAAGCACAACUCCAUAAGCUCUGUACUGAUUGAGUAUCUGAUUGCUGGACUUUAACGUGCUGCACUCUGUAGUUUUAAACAGAAUCAGCAAAGUUUACAGCUCUGGUGAAGUGCACCUAGCUCUUCCAUAUUAAACUUUAUUAGCAGUGUCAUUCAUCAGCACAGAAGCUGCGCUCCUUAGUGCCUGACGUGGGGUCCCCAUGCUGUGGAGGGAAAUGGGUUCUGUCCUUCUGUGUAGCAGCUUCCUGGCUCCGAGGAUGUGGAGCUGGCCUCUUGUUGCACCUGUGAGCACAGAAUUUUGGACUCUGUAUUUACAGAUGGAUCUUAAGGAAUCUGCAAAGUCCCAGGCAUCUUUCUGCAGAAGUCUGUGCUCUGUAGGUGUGGGUUGGACAUUUUCUUCCAUUUUCUAAAGGUGUCCUUGAUCUGCAAGGUACAGGACCGUUAGAGAUAUACUGUGAGCUGGCUCUAGCCAUGCUGACCUCCGU